AUGAGUUCGAUUAAUCUUUGCUACAUCGUCCUGAAAUUCGGUGGAUAUUGGAGUGAGGUGCAAGGUCAAACGCGAAUGAAGUAUAUAGGUGGAAGUCAGAAAACCAUAAAGCUUCAAAGAGAUGAAAUCAGUUUGGUGUUGCUAAAACAACGAGUUGAAGCACUUUGUCAUUGGAUACGGGGACAACCGUUCGACUUACACUAUCAUGUCAUCGGAACUUCACCUAAGAAUUACAUGUUGGUUGCAAGCGAUUCAGAUUUAGUUGACAUGUUGAGCAGUUCCUAUGACAGAAAUAGAUUUGAGAUAGCAGUCGCAAUGAAACAUUACGAGGUCGAUAUGUCCCAGAACAUUCAAACUGAAUUAAACAACCAAUCAAAUGAAAUGUAUCAGUACUGCUCGAAUAUUGGAGACUAUAAUGAUAUUAUAGUAGAUGAUGUGUGUGAUGAUCUUUUUGUACCACAAAUUGAUGAGGCAAAUAGUCUAUUUGUUGGUUCGCGGUUUGACGAUUCCCAAAGUUUCAAGCAAGCUGUUAGGUCGGCUGCAAUUUUAAAGAAUUAUGCUAUUAAGAUAAAGGCUAGUGACAAAUCCAGAGUGAUUGUUACUUGUGCGUAUAGAGGUUGUCCUUGGAGAAUACGUGCUUCAUUGUGUCAUGAUGGGCACUCCUUCGAAGUCAGGAAAAUUGAAUCAAGUCAUUUAUGCCCUGGGGUUAAUAGAGCAGGAAACAAACAAGCAACUACUAGUUGGGUUGCUCAUGAAAUCAUGGACAUUGUAAAGAGAAAUCCUGAUAUCACACCCAAAGAUAUUAGCAAUAAUUUGGAGGCUACUUAUGGAUUAUCCUUACCAUAUAUGAAAAUUUGGCGAUCCAGAGAGUUAGCAAGAGAUGUCAUGUUUGGAUCUGUCGAUGAUAACUAUAUGUGGGUUCCUACGUUGCGAUAUGAAUUACUCAACAGGAAUGUUGGCUCUCACAUUACAUACAUGUGUGACAGCAGAAGCAAUGCAUUCAAGCGAUUCUUUGUUUCUUUCAAAGUGUGUAUUGAAGGUUUUAUUAAUGGAUGUAGACAUUUAAUUGGAGUAGAUGCAUGUCACCUCAAAUCAAAGUAUCUUGGCGUACUGCUUUCUGCGAAUUGUUUGGAUGGAAAUAAUGGGCUUUACACUAUAGCAUAUGCUGUUGCAGAAUCAGAAUCUAAGAAAUCUUGGGAAUGGUUUAUGAAGAACUUGUUGGAAAGCUUGGCUUGUGAUAUAGAAAAUUUAGCAUUCAUUUCUGACAUGGAAAAGGGCCUUAGCGAAGCUAUAAAACUUAUUUUUCCAAAUGCCGAGCAUAGGGUUUGCAUGAGACACCAAUGGAAAAAUAUUAAAAAAUACUUUCGUUGUGAGGAUGGCAACAAGCUCCAAAAUCUAGUAUGGACAGCCGCAAAUAGUUACAACCUACAUGACUUGCAGAAGAAAAUGGAGGAGAUCUUCAAAAUUAGUCCACAAGUGCACUCUUACUUGAGUUCAUUGUCAUGCAAGUGGUCUAAGGCUACCUUCUCUUUACACAUUAAAAAUCACUACAAUACAAAUAAUAUGUCUGAAUCCUUUAACGCAUGGGUCGAAGAUGCGAGAAGUAAACCUGUUGUUGAAUUGAUUGUUAUGGAACAACGCUCGCAAAGAAAGAUAAUUUCUGCAUCCUGGAGAAGUCAACUUGUUCCUCAUGUGGAAGAGUAUAUUAGAGAUAUUACAACAAGGAAAGUUCAUUAUAUCAUUCGCCAAUCGACGUCAAGCAGAGCUGAAAUUGAAGGUAUUCAUGAAAGGCAUGAGGUGGACAUAGAAAUGAAAUUUUGUAGCUGUGGAUUCUGGCAAAUUAGUGGUCUACCAUGCAUACAUAGUGCAGCUUUUAUUGGAACAACACAACACAUAUUAUGGCAUACAUAUGUUGAUGAUCACUACUAUCUUAAUAGAUACAAAAUGACGUAUGAUGGUGCGAUCUCAACCUUACCAGGCAAGGAGAUGUGGGCUGCAGUCAGUGAUAAUGUGGCGGUCAGACAGAAGUCUGACAUCAGUCGGCUGCUGGUUGGAAGUCCGAUGGUGAUCGAGGAUGAGUCUGGUGGCAAGAGAACUCAAGUUUCUCUUCUUCCUUCUCUUCCAGACGGUGGUGGCCUUGGGCAGGUGGAGGCAGGUUGUGGUGGUGGGCGGCGACAGGCAAAGGUGGUUAAGCGAGCUUGCUUGGGGUGUAAACGGUUCUCAUUCAAAACUAUGCGAGUUUAA